AGGUCGGUUAGUCGUUUGUACUCUGGUGCCUUCGAAUCAGUGAAAACAUUGCUAGUUGCGCAGUUUCCACUAUCAAGUUUGACGUUGCCAAUGUGAAGCCUUUGGGUCGAUCGUCUUUUAAAAUCCGUCAGAAACCCUACAAGUUUCACGAAUGGUCUUUUUUGUUCCAUAAGUGGAACACACACACGACUACUCUCAUACUUUGUCUGCCAUGAAUUAUUGAUUUCCCCAUGAAAACGUUGCUGCUCUGGACCCAUAGACGUUUUCUCUGGGCCUUCAUGACAAUUUGAUCAGCAGGUAGAGUUUAGUUAGCUGUACACAUGGAACCGCUGCAACAGGAACACAAAGAGUGGGAGGGUUGCGAUUCCAAAAACAUGGAAGACACUGCCAUCCAACAUGGAAGUGGAGCUGAAAAUGGGUUUGAAAUGGUGAGCGAUCAGGAAGUGGAGGCCGCCAACGAAGACUUGGAGCGACACACCUCCAAUCAAAGUGACACAGUGGCAAUGAUUGAUCAAAUCAAUGAACGCGAGCAAGAGGGCAUUGACAAAGUGAUCCAGGAAGUCGAGAAUGAUCCCAAUGAGCCGCUUACGGAGAAGGAAAAAGCGAUCAUUGAACUCGUGGAGCUGAAAGCUGAGUUUCACGAAUGGGCCGAUACCCGGAAAGUGACCAUUGACAAACUUCGGGAAAUUGCCGACUAUGUUGAUCUGGUUUGCAAAAGGACGGGGGUGACCAAAGUUCUUAGUUCAGGGAGUGGCGCUUUGGCCGGAGGAAUAACCAUCCUCGGGGGCGCAUUAACCAUAGCCUCAGCCGGUGCGGCUCUUCCAAUCUUAUUAGCCGGGACUGGCCUCGGAUUGGCCUCGGGGGUCACUGGAGGGGCAGCGGCUGUGACUGAAAAAAUCAUCAAGUCUCGCCAAUUAAAGGAUGCUGGGGCAGCCAUAGAAGCGGAUAAAGAGGCAACUGAACAAUUGGAAAACCGCAUUGUGUCCUUGCAGAAGAAUAAGUUUGCCACGCAGGUGGCACGAGAUGUGGCCAAAACUGGUGCCAAGGGGGCAUAUAGCUCCUACCAAAUUAUGAGCCUGGUUGGUGUUGGUGGUAGUUUGGGAAAGGUCAGUGCGGAGGCUGCCGCCAAAUUGUUCGGAGAGGAUGUCGGAAAGGAGAUUUCAAAGUUGAUUAUUCACACGUCUGGCCGAGUGAUUUCUGGUACGGUCACGGUGGUUCUUGGAGGAGCAUCCAUGGUCUAUGAUAUUUACAAGCUGAAUAGUGAAAUGAGUGAGAUCGCUAAAUUGGGAACUGAAGGUGCAUCAGAGUUCAGAACUAUGGCAAAACAACUCGAAGAUGCACUUAGGGAGCUCCAAACCAAGCCCAAUGAAUGAUUUCUACGAUGCUCUGAUUUUGUUAGAAACCUGUGAUAUCCUGAUGAUCUUUAGUGAACGCUUAAACAUCAAAUAUAUAUUUUAGCACUCAAACUUA